AUGGUUAAAGUAAAGUCAAUAAAAAUAGAUCCCCACAAAAACUUUUCUAAGGCGUUAAUGAAAAUGAAGUUUAUGAAUCCGGGUAUAGACACAAAGGAAGAAGCUGUAACAAUUAAAUCUGAACAUAGACCAAAGAAAAAAGAUGUUUCCAAGAUUAAUAAUUGGGAACCGUUUUAUGAUCUUCUACCUAUGUCAAGGCUAUCAUUUAACGGUAAGAAUCCUGAUGUAGAGAAUAUGAUGAAAAAACUAGGUGUACUCCAGCGUGACCCUCAUGAACAUGGUAAAAUGGACGUGGACAUAACGAUUGUUAGUCAUGCACAAUACACAUACCUGAUACUUACUUAG